AUGAUGACGUUACUGGUCGUCUUACAUUCUCUACUUCUGAUUUCGCUCUUGAAUGUUGCCGAUGCUGUCGUUUUCCAAGGCUCUUGUGCUCAGGAAUCGGUGCUCUGUGAACAGCUUUGUCUGACAAUCUCUCCAGAAACAUAUGAGUGCGGUUGUUGGAAUGAUCAUCAUCUGCUGGCUGAUGGUAUCAGCUGCAAAGUGAACGAAACAAAAUCCGAGACAAUAACUAAGAGUUCACGUCGAUUGGAUAAGAAUGUUGCCAAAGGUUUGCCUAGAGGACGUCCUUUGGCUUUCCAUGGAAAGAACUAUGCCCAAUACCCCGUUAUUGAAUCGACAUAUUUGGAAACGAACAUAACAAUUGAAUUCAAGAUUACCGAACAAAAAGAUGGCAUUUUAUUUUUUGCCGGACAAUUCAAAGGAGAUGAUUUCCUGUCGCUCUCAAUCGUUGGGCCUAAUUUGGUUUUCAGACAUGAUUGUGGUGAGGGAACGAUUGAAGAUGUCUACCGGGGCCCGUUCGCACCCGCUGAAUGGCACAAUCUGACGGUUUGGCGAAGAAAUUGCGAUCGAACUGAAAUGAGAGCAGACCGUAAGACCCGAAUGCUGGAUUUGACGGAGCAAUUCAAGUUCUACAAAGGGAUAUCAAUGGACAAAGGAAUGUACGUGGGUGGAGUACCUGAUCAUAUCGAAAAUCUAGAAGAGAAGACGGGCUUGAAAAAUGGAUUCAUUGGAUGUAUCCGUAAACUGAUCAUCAAUGGCGAAUUGAUGCUCUGCUCAUCUGACCGAAUCAACAAAGUAAUGAAUCCUAAUGAAUUGCUAUACUGUGGUGUUAACCCACACUCAACAGAUGACUUGGAUGAAGAUUCCAUCGAAAUCGAUGAAUAUAACAUUCCAACUGGAACGGAGCCUCCAACGAAUAAACGUGUAUUAGCUGAAGUCAAUCGUCGAGCUUUGAAAGAAGUUUCACCAACAACAUCUACAACUACUACCACUACAACAACGACGACCACAACCACUGAAACUCCAUCAACUACAACAGAUGCAACGAAAUCCAUUUUCGACAAACUACACGAUCAGACAUCAGAUUUGAUUCAUGUAUUGCCACCAGAAUUGGAGUAUGAAAAUGAGCUCAAGCCACCAAGCUCACCGGUUGUUGAGUCAGCCGAGUUCUCUGGACGGUCUUGGAUUCGCCAGAAGGCUAAUUGGGACAUAUUGGACAGAAUCGAGCUUGUUUUACAUUUCCGAUCGACAAUGGAAUCAGGAAUAUUGUUUUAUUGGCGCUCAGGAGCGAAGCACUUGGUUGUUUAUCUGCAAAAAGGAUAUGUCAAUCUUCAAGUCAGUAUGGGAGACGACAGUAUCCUGCUGAGGUCCGAGUCUGUUGUAAGCUUGAACCAAUGGCACAAGGCAGAAGUUUGGCGAACAGGUCGUGGAAUUCUCAUGAAGGUUGGACGCCAAUCUUGGGUGGAAUCGGAAUUGAAAUCCCUUGGGUCAGCUUCGGGCGAUGCUGGUUGGAUUCAGCUAGCCGGAACGGAUGACACAAUACCAGGAACUCAUCAACAACUUCCUUUCUUCCAUGGAUGCAUGAAGCAUAUUCAUUUAAAUGGAAGAACUUUACGAUUACACGCUGUCAAUGGAAUACGCGAAUGUGGAACGGAUCCUUGCGCUUCAGCAAAGUGUCCCCAAACAUGUUCUGUUUCAAACAAUCAAGCUGUGUGUUUAUGUCAAUGGCCUUUCGAAGGUCCACGUUGUUCACAAAGAGCUAAUGAGGCUCUCACGGCCAUGAACUUUAACGGACAUUCCUAUUUGGAGCUUAACAAUGAGAAAGUUAUGAAUCAGAUAACAGGAGAUUGGCUUCGUCUCACAAUUGACUUCCGUCUAGAUAAUAUAAGUUAUUCGGAAGAAGGACCAUCAUCUCAGAUUCUUGCCUAUGCUGGCGAAGAUCCUGCCAAGGGAGAUUUCUUCAAACUCUCAGUAGUUCCAAAUGGGGAUCUCCAGUUUGUGGCCAACUUGGGCUCUGGUUUAGUUGAACUCACACAUCCUACUGUUGUUCGCCCUGGCCGCUGGAAUUCUGUCUCUGUUGUUCGGGAACGUCGUCAUAUAACUCUCUCCUUGAAUAGCGAAAGCCCGAUUACGACUUUGGCUCCUGAAGGCUCAGAACAGUUGAAUGUGUAUAACUCUCUUUAUAUCGGCUCUCACCCAUCCAAUUUCACAAUGGGAAUGGGACUUCGUGGUUGCAUAGAAACAAUUGAAAUUGGUUCUGUCAGCAUUUUCCAUCCUUCUGAAGCUUACAAAGCAAUUAACAUCCGUGAUUGUGCUCUAUGA